UUUUAUUUUCUUUUUCAUUUUUGUCUUCCUUUUAUUUAUUUUAUCUUUUUAUCAUUUUGACGUUUUUACCCAUCACUCUUGUCGUCAAACUAUAUUAAAUAAAAGAAAAACGAUGAAUAUAUUUCGACUAGUUGCAGAUUUGAUGCAUUUAGCAUCUAUUUUCAUUCUUCUAUUGAAAAUCAAAACUACUCGUUCUUGUGUUGGUAUUUCUUUUAAAUCACAACUACUUUAUGCUAUUGUUUUCCUAACACGGUAUUUGGAUUUAUUCGUUAAAUUCCUCAACAUAUAUAAUUCCUUUAUGAAAGUCUUCUUUAUUGCAAGUUCCUUGUAUAUUCUAUUCCUGAUGAAGAUCAAAUUCAAAGCAACUUAUGAUGCUAGUUUGGAUACUUUUCGCGUCGAAUAUCUUCUUGGUGGAGCAGCUGUAUUGGCAUUGUUGACUACUGAAGAUUACACUGUGCGUGAGACUUUAUGGACAUUCUCAAUUUGGCUUGAAUCUGUGGCAAUUCUUCCUCAAUUAUUUAUGCUUCAAAGAACAGGAGAAGCUGAAACGAUCACAACUCAUUACUUGUUUGCUUUAGGUGGUUAUCGAACUUUAUAUAUUUUUAAUUGGAUUUAUCGUUAUGCUACUGAAGGUUAUGUGGAUUAUAUCGCUUGGAUUGCUGGAUUAUUGCAAACUGCCUUAUAUAGCGACUUCUUCUAUAUCUAUUAUACAAAGGUGAUGAAAGGGAAACGAUUUGAAUUACCAAAGAUGGUAUGAAAGAACAAGAAAAAGAAGUAAAAGUAGUUUAUAUACAUUUGUAUACAAUACCAUUGUUUUGUCCCCAUUGAAAUAAAGUUUAUUUAUUUAUUUUAAAUAUCU